UCUUGACAUUUUUUAAACUAUUUGUUGUUACGUCGUCCCACUAAUGUUUGGUUUACCUCAAGUCUUCUUAAACUGUUCUCUUUUAAAUAAAAGCGGGAAAAGAAGGGGAAAAGGACUUCUAUUGUAAAUGUCCAAAUACUGGCAUCAUAUUCCUUUAGCAGCAGCAGGCACAUCAGCCAAUCACCAUCCAGUGUUUGCUCACCGCUUGUUCGUUUGAAGCCACGCCCCCAGCCGCCAGUCUGGGCAGCACCUGAGGGUGCAGGUCAGCUCUGCUCCUCCGUCUCCAUCACUUCGACACUGACAGGAGGCGACGAUGCAGCGAGGCCCAGGUCACCUGAGCCACUUCUUACUGUGGUUGCUUAUAGCACAGACCUCUGCGGAUUUGCCCAUGUGCAAAGAGUCAGAUUAUCACUUUGAGUACACAGAGUGUGACGCACUCGGGUCACGAUGGAGAGUGGCGGUUCCCAACAAGGCCGACAUAUGCACAGGCCUCCCAGAUCCUGUCAAAGGCACUCAGUGCACCUUUUCCUGUAGUGAGGGGGAGUACCUCAACAUGCAGUCGCAGCAGUGCCAGAAGUGCGCUGCUGGCACCUACUCGCUGGGCACCGGCGUGGCCUUUGACGAGUGGGACAGCCUGCCAUCUGGUUUUGUCACCCAAGGGGUGAACACGAACGGCGAGGACGUCGUCACAGACUGCUCCAACUCCACCUGGACACCGAAGGGUGAUCACAUCGCCUCAAACACAGAUGAGUGCACGGCGACGCUGUCCUACGCUGUGAGCCUGAAGAAACCUGGAACUGUGUCCUUUGAAUACUUCUACCCCGACAACAGCAUCUACUUUGAGUUCUUUGUUCAGAAUGACCAGUGUCAGUCUACAGACUCUCAGAGCCGGUGGAUCAAGAUCUCUGAGAGCAGCUGGAGCAAACACAGGGUUGAGCUGAACAGCGGUAAUAAUGUGCUAUACUGGAGAGCCACAACGUAUACCCUCGUGGGCAGUGCUGUCAAACCUGUGAUGUUAAGAAACAUUGCCAUCUCAGGGGUGGCCUACACGUCAGAGUGUUUCCAUUGUAAACCCGGCACCCACAGUGCAAAACAGGGAUCUGCCCGCUGUACCCCCUGCCCUGCUGAUACCUUCUCCAACAAGGGUGCCACUGUUUGCCAUCAGUGUGAUCGAGAUAAAUAUGCAGAGGCUGGUUCAGCGAGCUGCAAACCGAGACCUGUGUGUACAAACAGUGACUACUUCUACACCCACACCCCAUGUGACUCUGAGGGAAAGACUCAGAUCAUGUACAAGUGGAUCGAGCCUAAGAUCUGCAGUGAGACUGUCAAAGGGGCUGUGAAGCUGCCGGCAUCAGGGGAUAAGCAAACCUGUCCUCCAUGUAACCCGGGCUUCUUUGUCACCAGCUCCUCCACCUGUGAACCCUGCGACAAAGGUUUCUACUCAAACGGAACAGCGUGUUCCGAGUGCCCUGUUGGCUCAGAGCCAGUGGUGGGUUUCGAGUACAAAUGGUGGAACACGAUGCCGAAGAACAUGAGGAGCGCCGUCUUCCACCGAGAGUUCAGCAACUCCCAACAGAUCACUGCAUGGGAGGUGGCUGGCGAGUAUGUCUACACGACCCCCGGGGAUCAGGACACAGACUACCUGAUGCUCACCCUCAGUGUUCCUGGAUACAGGCUGCCUCAGUCUAUGACCGCUGACAGCGAGAGGAGUGAACUGUCUCGCAUCACCUUCGUCUUUGAGACCGUCUGUUCAGCCGACUGCAAAUUUUUCUUCCUGGCGGGUUAUAAUCAGUGGAAUAAUGAUGUUGUGGAGCAGUGGAGAGGCACCAGCAGGAAACAGUCGUACUCCUACCUGGUCCAGAGUAACAGCACCACCAGCUUCACCUGGACAUUUCAACGAACAGAGGAUUUCAACAUGGAGAGGAGAUACAGUGCUGAUGUUGCAAAGAUCUACUCCAUCCACAUCACCAACGUGCUCGGAGGCGUGGCCUCACAGUGUCGCCGCUGCGCCCUGAGCUCCACCAAGGCUGGCUCCGCCUGUGUUCCCUGCCCAGCGGGACACUACAUGGUCAACAGGACAGGAGUGUGUAGGAGCUGCCCGCCAAACACCUUCGUCAGGGCCGAUCAGCCUGUGGGAAAGGUGGCUUGUGUUCAGUGCGGACCAAACACAGAGACAAACAAGGCCCACACAGCUUGCCUGAGUGACUGUGUGUUGGACGUGCAGACAGCAGGGGGAGCGCCGCUGCACUAUGACUUCUCUCCUCUGGCCAACGUCUCCGGCUUCCACAGCAGCCCCCGCUUCACCAGCAAAGGCCUGAGAUACUUCCACAGCUUUAAUCUGGGUCUGUGUGGGAAAGAGGGCAGAGUGCUGGCCACCUGUGUGGACAAUGUAACAGAGAGUGGGAGAGAGGUCAGAGGUUACAUCUGUCAGUCCACCGUGGUCCCCUCGGACAUCAGGAGCCAGAGCGUGGUGUCCUCCCAACCUUUCCUCAUUGGUGACUCACUCAUCGGUGUGACCACUGACACAACCCUGAAUGGCAUCUCCUCUCCAAACUGGCUGUUUCCAGCUGCGUCCGGUCUUCAGGAUGUCAUAUUCUAUUAUAAGUCAAGUGAGACGACUCAGGCUUGCAAACAGGGCAGGUCAGCCGCCAUCAGACUAAGAUGCAAUCCCACAGUGACCACUAAAGAUCUCAUCAUGCUGCCGAGUAACUGUUCAGAGGGGACGUGUGAUGGUUGUACUUUCCACUUCCUGUGGGAGAGCCAGCAUGCGUGCCCACUCUGCACCAAACACCACUACAGAGAGAUUGUCAGCGCUUGCAUCCAGGGAAUACAGAGGACCACUUACGUGUGGCAGCAGCCGUUGCAGUGUUACGGAGGAGAGUCAUUACCAGCACAAAAAGUCAGCGCUUGUGUGACUCUUGAUUUCUGGCUCAAGUUUGGUGUUUCCACGGGAACAGUCGCUGCUGUGCUGCUCAUCACUAUCAGCUGCUAUUUCUGGAAGAAGACGCGCAAGUUGCAGUAUAAGUACUCCAAGCUGAUGAUGAACUCGGGGGGUAAAGAGUGUGAGCUGCCCACUGCAGACAGCUGUGCAAUAAUGGAGGGAGAGGACGCAGAGGACGACAUCAUGUACCUCAGCAAGAGGUCCGUCUUCAGCAAAAUGAGGUCAUACUCAAGAGAGAGGUCAUCAGAUGGAUUUGAUUCAGUUCCACUUAAGUCUUCAUCUUCACGCCAGCACAGAGAGGAGGACGACUCUGACGAUGAUUAGAUGAGAGGAUGGUCAGAUAUCUUGCCCAAAUCACAGAGGACAUGUUGAAUUUUACAUGUUUGGUUUGACGUCAGUGCAGCUCCGACAGAGUCAAAGAAAACAGAGAUGGGCAGUUUUAUUUAUUACAAAAGAUUUCUUUGAGAUUUGUAAUAAUGUAAAGAGUGAUCAUUUCGUGACAUUUACUGUAUUUUUCAUGUUGGGUUGCCAAACCAAUGUUGCAGUACAAAGUCUCCAUAUUGGGGAAACUCUGUGUUUUUAAAACCUUAUGAUGAAUUUCAAAGUUAUAUGAGAGCCAAAGUGUGACUUAUGUUAAAAUUGUUGUAGAUGUGUGAGGAAGAGUACAUUUUACAUAACUGUGAGUGUAUAUUUCAUUUAAUUUUUUUCACAUAUUUUUUCUCUUCUCAUGUUUUAUUUUAUAUUAGGCUAUCCGUUUUCUUUAUUAUAUUUACUCCCCAGAUCAGGCUAAUAAUGUUAUUUGCAGUAAUGUAAUUUCUGUUUGCUAUAGCCUUUGGUAAUGUUUUCUGUUUAUGAGAUAAACUUGUUUUUUGUGAGGUAAAGACAUUUUCUACAAUUAAAAACAACAAAUGUGCAUUUGUAGUAAUUAAGAAUGACUUCCGUGCCUUCAGGUCCUUUUGGUGAGAUCAUAGUAGAACAUGAAAAUAAUUAUAUCACUUCAUAUAUUAUAUAAUAUUUUAAGACUUGUAUGAUACUACUUUAUAUGUUUCUGUGUGUUUUUUAAUGUGAUUUUGGUAAAAAAAAAAAAAAAUGGCUCAAAAGUAUUUUUGUGGUUGUUGAUUUAAUUAAAAGAACUACAGAGGGAAUUUUUACUUACUCAAAAAAAGAUUAUGCAAAUGUAAUCAAUGUUUUGGAUAUUACCAAAUAUUGGUAUAAUAACAAACACAUUCUGAAUAUACAUGUUUUAAUAUCUACAUGGUCAAACCAAAACACAUGAUAUCAGUACAUGAAAAUGUAUAUUUCUGCAUAUAAUGCACUUGAAGUACAUAUAUUAUCUGCUAUUUUAAACUUCUACUUCACUACUAUUUGGAAUAAAAUAUUGAAUUGAA